AUGUUCGCCAACGCUAACGGAAUCCAGGCAAUGCGUGACCGCCGAGCGGAUGGAGUCGAAUGGAGAGACAUGGUAUCGUACAGCGACAGUCACGGCCGCAUGCCCCUCCACUGGGCGGCCGGUGGCCUCGAGGCCAAGGUCACUCCAGACGACAUCCUGCGCACCAUGGGGCUCCUUCUGGGCGACAACGCCGCCGAGACGGUCAGUGCCCCCGACGCGCAGGGCGACACACCACUGCACUAUGCCGUGCGCAGCAGCGUCGGCGGCGCGCCCGAGAUAAGCUACCAGGUGGCCAGGUUCCUCUGUGGGAAGGGCGCACGCGCGGGCACUCGCGGCACAAAGCGCCAGACCCCGCUGCACUGCUUGGUCUCCGCGCACGCGGAGCGGCCUAGCAGCAGCAUGAUGGCCUUGUGCAAGCUUCUCCUCGCGCACAGCGCCGACGUCGGGGAUGCGGACGCCGACGGCAACACGGUGCUGCACCUUGCGGCGCGGUCGGCGCAGCACCUCGAGACGGUGCGCUUCUUUCUCGACGAGGCAGGCACCGGGGACGAAAAAGGAGCCCAGGAUCUCCUUAUCCGUGCUGUCAAUGCACAGGGGGACGCGCCACUGCAUAUGGCGGCGGCACAGAACCACUUCGCACGAGACCAGUCUGUCGAAGAGCGCAUCCGAUCGCAAGACGAGAUGAUGAGGGCGCUCACGCCAGAAAGUCGAGCACACGGAGAAGAUGAUAGCGAACAGUCCUUGCUAGAUCAAGCUAAUCAAGCCGGGAAAACACCGAGACAGAUAUGCGACCAGUGCUGGCCGUCUGCCACCGACUGGGAUUCAUUCAACCAAACCCUGGGCGGAAAGCUUAUACGGACGGUGCCCAUUGCCAGCCCCUGCCAUGACACCUUUCCUGGAGUCAGCUACGAUGCUCUUACUUGCGCCGACAUUCAGGCGAACUGGGUGCGCCCGACCCUUCACGAUGUGACCAGCCACUCGCCAAUGGCGCCAAUCUUCGCCAACGAGAGCUGUGACCCCUUCACGGGCCGUGAAGCCCAGUGCAUCAUAGGAUCGUAUGUGCAGUAUAUCGUCAAUGCAACUGGCGCCUCUGAUUACAUCGCGACGCUGGAUUUCGCAAGAAAGCGGAACAUACGCCUGAUUAUUCGGAAUACGGGACAUGAUUAUCUAGGUAAAUCGACCGGGGCAGGUGCCAUAGCUCUGUGGACUCACCACCUGAAAGACAUCGCUGUGCUUGACUAUAGCUCCACUGCAUACACAGGGAAGGCCGUGAAAAUGGGUGCAGGUGUACAGGCGGCUGAGGCCCAGGCUGUAGCCAACGCAGCGGGUCUCGUCGUGGUCGAAGGAGACUGCCCAACCGUGGGUCUCGCUGGCGGCUACACCCAAGGAGGCGGGACCGGCCCGCUCGGAUCCAAAUUCGGACUUGCGGCCGAUCAAGUACUGGAGUGGGAGGUAGUCACUCCUACUGGCAAGACCCUUACGGCCACACCGGAUCAGAACUCGGACCUGUAUUGGGCUCUGAGCGGCGGAGGCGGCGGCACGUACGGCAUCGUGCUCUCGAUGACGGUGAAAUUGCAUCAGGAUAUGCCAACCGGCGGCGCCACGCUUUCCUUCACAGAGUCAUCAGACAAGUUCUGA